UCUCCCACCACAUUACCCACGCAUAAUGGCGGAGGGCAGGGCGGAGGGUAAUGAUAAAGAAGACUCGUCGAAAGCAUUUUCGGGUUUUCUCUCACAGCGCAAAAUGUCAUCUUCAUCCGAAGAUGAGAAUAUUCCUAUUCCCAAGCGGCCCGGGCCUGACCUUGGAAUUGGAGGCCGAGCACUGCAAUCUGAAAAGGAGAAACCCGGCGCUAGUCAUUCCGCAGCACCAGAUUUGCCCCGCAAGAAAGAAAAUCCAUUCAGUUUCAAGUACUUCUUGAAAAACGACUUACACACAAAUCAUCAGCACACGGGAGCUAGACCAAAAGUGUACCCACCAUCCUCGGCUAAAGCGGAAGCAGUUUCUUCCAGCAACGAAGCAGGAGUAUAUCCAAGAAAUCCGGUCGAGUUACCAGACUUUGUUCAAGAUCAUUUAGUCAUUGAACAAUGCUAUUUGAAUCACGACGCGAAUGUUCAACCAUGUUUGGAAAUAGACAAUCUUCCAGAUUUUGCGUUGAACAGCAUGGAACAGAGAUCCACAAAGCAGUGGAACGAGCCUAAAAAACGUCAACUCGAAAAUCUGGGUGAUUCAUCCCUCGAUCUUACAAUCAGUUUAGAAAGGAGGGAACGGGGAGACAGAGAAGAACGAGGGCAACACGAACCAACCGUUCCCAACGUUGCGAGACCCAGAGCAUUGAACUUGCCCAAUCUUGAAAGACGUAAUGGUGACCCAACCAGUUGGUCUGGACCCGUUGGAUUCCCAUUUGACUUACAAUUACCCUUGGUCGAAGCUAAUGUCGGCAAUGCCAAUGGAGCUUUACGAAAUAGUUCUCAAACCAGUGAAACGGAAGUCACAAAGUCUUUGCCUGACUUCUUGAGCGAUGGUCCAAUCCAUAACAGAACUAGCUUACCAGUUGAGAAUUGCCACAGUCCUGGUUCCCCUGAACAGAUUAAUCAGAGGCUGAUUUUGGAAAAUGAACGACUGAGGAGAGAACAGGAAAUCAUGCAGAGGCAAUUAGGCGAGCAAUCUAGAAGAAUACAAUCGUUGGAAUCAGAAUUAAUCUCGAGGAGGUCUGUUGAUCACGAAGAAAUGGCAAAUCUUGAGAAAACGAUUGAACAGGUGGAGGAUAAUCUCAAAAGAAGUACUAGAAGAGCAGUCAAUGCAGAAAGUGCUGUCACAUCUUUGAAACAGGACAUAAAAGUAUUGAGGGCAGAAAUGCGGACAUUGAAGUUGGAAAAUGAAGAGCUUCGGUUAAGGAUGGAAACUGGAUGUGGUGGUAGUGAUGUUUCUAAUCGAGGCAUGAGGAGAAUAGCUAACGACCUAAAGACUGCGGCAUCUACAGCUGAAUUCUCCCUAAGGCAGCUAAUAUCGGGGGUGGAUAAUUUGAGACUACUUGCCUCAACGAUUGAGAAUAUGGAUAGGAUAAACGAUUCAUCCAGUGAUAUUUUUCCUGACAUUGAGGACGACAAUGCCAUAGGUCCUGCAUUGUGAAGAAAAUGCUACUUCAUCUCUCUUCCCAUUGUGUUAUUUUAAGUAUCAUUUUAUUGGCAAAUGAUAGUCACACAUGUAUCGUGUAUGAAUCAGAUUCUGUUCUUUUUUAAAACCGAGUUCUGAUCAAUUAUUGUUACAUAUAUGUUCUCAAUAGAUGUAUAUUGUUCCUCUGUAAGAUAUGACGUAAUCGUAUUCUACGCGAUCCAUAGUAACAAAUCGAGGUGAGGUGGACGAAGAGCAUUACUAGAAACACUUACUUUUCUUGCCAGAUGCUCUUAAUCAAAGGAGUAAUGUGUAACUCUUAGUCUCCGAGACUGUGGAUAUGUUGAGAUUUGAAUGAGAUGUAAAUACCUGUAAUAAAGAACAAGGAUCGUAGAAUUAAAUAUACUCUCAAAACGGUCUCAAGACUU